CCGCGGCGUCUUCAGCGGCGCCCAGUGCAGGAUGGUGCUGGAGGCGGCGGCGGCGGCCGUGGUGGCGGCGGCGUCGUUGGCGGCAGCGGGAGGGGGUGCUGUGGCGGCAGCGGCGCCCGCGGGUGGUGUAAAAUGGCGGAUUUCGAGGAGUUGAGGAAUAUGGUUUCUAGCUUUAGGGUUUCUGAACUACAAGUGUUACUAGGCUUUGCUGGACGGAAUAAAAGUGGACGCAAGCAUGACCUCCUGAUGAGGGCGUUGCAUUUGUUGAAGAGUGGCUGCAGCCCUGCGGUUCAGAUUAAAAUCCGAGAAUUGUACAGACGCCGAUAUCCACGGACUCUUGAAGGACUUUCUGAUUUAUCCACAAUCAAAUCUUCGGUUUUCACUUUGGAUGGUAGCUCAUCACCUGUAGAACCUGACUUGGCCGUGGCUGGAAUCCACUCGUUGCCUUCCACUUCAGUUACACCUCACUCGCCAUCCUCUCCUGUUGGUUCUGUGCUGCUUCAAGAUACUAAGCCCACGUUUGAGAUGCAGCAGCCAUCUCCCCCAAUUCCUCCUGUCCAUCCUGAUGUGCAGUUAAAAAACUUGCCCUUUUAUGAUGUCCUUGAUGUUCUCAUCAAGCCCACGAGUUUAGUUCAAAGCAGUAUUCAACGAUUUCAAGAGAAGUUUUUUAUUUUUGCUCUGACACCUCAGCAAGUUAGAGAGAUAUGCAUAUCCAGGGAUUUUUUGCCAGGUGGUAGGAGAGAUUAUACAGUCCAGGUUCAGCUGAGACUUUGCCUGGCAGAGACAAGUUGCCCUCAAGAAGACAACUAUCCCAAUAGUCUAUGUAUAAAAGUAAAUGGGAAGCUGUUUCCUUUGCCUGGCUAUGCACCACCACCUAAAAAUGGGAUUGAACAGAAGCGCCCUGGACGCCCUUUGAAUAUACAUCUUUUAGUUUAGGUUAUCUUCAGCUUGUGCAAACCAGAAUUUCCAUUUCGUGGGGCAUCAGAAAUCGGAAAGAAUUACUCCAUGUCUGUAUAUCUUGUACGACAGCUCACGUCAGCCAUGUUAUUACAGAUUAAAAUGAAAGGUAUUAGAAACCCUGAUCAUCCAGAGCACUAAGUAAUUAAAGAAAAACUUACUGCAGAUCCUGACAGUGAAAUUGCUACAACUAGCCUCCGGGUAUCUUUGAUGUGCCCUUUAGGGAAAAUGAGGCUGACGAUCCCAUGCCGUGCAGUGACUUGUACACAUCUACAGUGUUUUGAUGCUGCCCUUUAUCUGCAAAUGAAUGAGAAGAAGCCCACCUGGAUUUGUCCUGUGUGUGACAAAAAGGCUGCCUAUGAAAGUCUAAUUUUAGAUGGGCUUUUCAUGGAAAUUCUCAAUGACUGUUCUGAUGUGGAUGAGAUCAAAUUCCAAGAAGAUGGCACUUGGUGUCCAAUGAGACCGAAGAAAGAAGCUAUGAAAGUGUCCAGCCAGCCGUGUACAAAGAUAGAAAGUUCAAGUGUCCUCAGUAAGCCUUGUUCAGUGACUGUAGCCAAUGAGACAAGCAAGAAGAAAGUGGAUGUUAUUGACUUGACUAUAGAAAGCUCUUCUGAUGAAGAGGAAGACCCUCCUGCCAAAAGGAAAUGCAUCUUUAUGUCAGAAACACAAAGCAGCCCAACCAAAGGGGUUCUCAUGUAUCAGCCAUCUUCUGUAAGGGUGCCCAGUGUGACUUCGGUUGACCCGGCUGCUAUUCCGCCUUCAUUAGCAGACUACUCAGUACCAUUCCACCACACGCCAAUAUCAAGCAUGUCAUCAGAUUUGCCAGGUUUGGAUUUUCUUUCCCUUAUUCCAGUUGAUCCCCAGCAGUACUGUCCUCCUAUGUUUUUGGAUAGUCUCACCUCACCCUUAACAGCAAGCAGUACGUCUGUCACCACCACCAGCCCCCAUGAAAGCAGUACUCAUGUUAGUUCAUCCAGCAGCAGGAGUGAGACAGGGGUCAUAACCAGCAGUGGAAGUAACAUUCCUGACAUCAUCUCAUUGGACUAAAGGAGGACUCCCUCGAUUCUAGGAAUCAUUCAUCAAAACUGUUCUUUCUUGGAUCUCUGGUCCGUGGAAGCUAUUUUUUUUUGUAACGGUUACUUUGCUAUUUAUUGAAACGUCAAAUGGAUUCUUUUGCUUUCUGAGAUGAACGCAGAUGACUACAGCAAGAACCAAAUGACAUGCAAGGAUUUUUCUUACUCAUGCUGUACUGAGCAUCAGAUACAUUCGGCCAUAACUGUAUCUUCUCGAGAGAUGGAUUUCAGUUUCAUGUGUUCCUGGAUGGAUUCUGCAUACACAUCGGUUAAAAAUUUUUUUUGUUGUAAUAAACAGCAAUAAAAUUAUGUAAAUAUUCAAGUAAACUUUUUUCUAACUAAAAAGAUGUAAUCAGUGAUUCUAAAAUGACAGCAACUUCUGUUUAACCUGAUGUGAAGGCAAGAUACAUGGAAGGAAGUCGUGUUUGCUGAAUGAGUCCUUUCCAUGGAGAUUUGUUCCAUUUCAUUGAAGUAAUGAAACCCUGAUAAGUGGCCACAGCUUGGGUUCCUCUUUUCUUCCUGAUAUCAGCCAUCAAAGAGAAAUGGCCUGUGUUGUGUAUUUUCCCUGGUUGUCAUUUACACUUUGAUGUUGUUUGCUAGCAAUUGCAGAGGAAAGUUCUGGGACUUGGCUGCUCUUUAUCGAUAGUGCUAAAGAACGCUAUGCAGAUUCUGCCCUGACAUAACGUGUGUUAUUUUUGGUAAUUGUACAUGCUCAUUCUAGAGAUCUCUAUAAAAUUGGGCUUGCCUUCUCGAAAAAGAAAUUCUAUGCAGCCGUUGAAUGUUGAGUGAAAUGUUUUUGGAGUAACAUGUGGCUAGAAUGUUCAUUAGAAUUUUGUUCACACUGACCAGAAAUAUCGAGAGCUUUGAGGCAGCAGAAGACCAGAUUGGGGGGCGGCAGGAAUAACAAGAGUUUAAUCUCUUCCUAGGAACUUCUUUGGCUCAUUUAUUUUAUAGAAUAAUACACAAAUACUUGUUGAACCUUUUCAGAUUUUACUAACACUAAGAAUGCAAAUAUGGUUUACGACCCUGGUUUUAUUUCUCACCUAUACAGUUUCAGUGUCUGUGAUGAUUUUCAAACGUAAAGAAAACACAAACAAUAGCAAGGCAUGGGGACUGCAUCGGAUUUCCUUUUACUUUUUUUUAAAAGGCAAUCUUUCCUGAUACCAUGAAGGACAAACAGAAUUAGAAAUGUUUGAAUUUGAGUAAGGAAGGUUUGGGGAGAGUGGCCUGUAGCCAGCCCACUUUGAAAACCACUCAUUCAGAAUGUGCUUGAUUUUAAAAACCUCAGGAGACUGAGUUUUACCCUUAGAGAAACAUUUCUAUCCAAAUUUUCUAUUUCCCUUUGUUUCAUUUGGCUUCCUAAAUUUUUGAGGUCUCAAGGAAUUAAUCCUUCAUGUUUAGCUUUCUCUCCCUAGCUGUGUCUAUUUGAAAAAUAAAACCCUUUUUAAAAAUGACUUAAUCUAACUGAUUUCUCAAACCAAAGUACCCAGAUGAAGAGUCUCCCAAUGUCAGUUAGACUAGGGACACAGUCGCAUUACUUCAGGGCUGGUGUAACUCCCAGAAGCUGAUUUGUCACUGCUUGGGUUUGUUUUGUUCUAUUUUGUGGGUUUUUUGGUUUGUUUGUUUUUCUUUUUCUUUUUCGUUUUUUUUUUUUUUUUUCCUCUCAACACCACCUCAAGUUUUCAGGGCCACUGCUGUCUUUGUAAACAGACUUAAUUUCAUGUGAUUUUCUUACAUCAUCCCCCCCCUUUGGCUACAUCUUCCCUUUACUUAAUGUGUUACCCCCUUUUGGAGAGCUGCUUCCCAUUAAAGCGUAGAAACAAAACCACGUCUCCCCGCCCGGGUUGCGCCAUGGUGGCCAUUUUACUUGCUUAGCCAUCAGAUCUCCAGUCCGUGUUACAAUCUUUUGGUCCAGGUAGGGAAUUUCUUCUAGUAAAAUUUUCUGUUGCUGCUCGAAAGACAGACGCGAUUUCUGUUCACUCUGUAAUCAGAUAGAAAACGUAACCCUGAUUUGUGUGGUAUAAUUUGUUAAUAAAUAAAUGAUGUAUAUUUGUUACCAUUUUGCUACCCUGUAGAUUCUCAGACUCCCCCUCCCCCAUUUAAUCUACUACAGAGUUUUAUAAGGUAAAUGGAAAUACUCGUAGAAGUUCAUUUAUGUACUUGGUUCUUGUAACCAAUACCUCUGUGCUUUUAUAGUUUUGCUUUGUUUCCUUUUCUACUAUUUUAUGUGAACAGUUUUAGUGUUCAUUUUUGGUGCUUUACACUGAAAUUACAUACAAGAUUUUAAUUUAUACAGGCAACUAAUGUUUUUAAAAACACAUUUUUAAGUUUAUAAUCUUAAGAUUGGGCUUUUAGUAUGUUAUCUUUGAAGGUGAGUAUUUUCUUUAUGCUUUUGCCUUAUGACAACAGCAUGAUCCAUUAAGCCAUUACGGUUUCUUUUCGUUUUCAUUUUUGUUUUUUUUUUAGUAUGGUCACCAAAUACUUUUACUGAGACCCUGACUUUUCAGCAGUGUGUUUUGCUUGCCCAGAUUUCUGCUUAACCAAGUGUAAUACAGUUUCAGAGGACAUUGUCUUAGCUGUCAGCCAACCAGUGAUUAUGUGGACUAUCUUGUUUAAGGAAGGGAACUGCAGCUUCUAGUCUCCUCUUACAAACACUGAGGCAACCUAUAGUUUUGGUCUUUAUUCCUGUGUAGAAAUGGGAAGGGCUUUUCUUGCCUUUGGUGACUCUUGACGCAGUAAUCAGUGCUGAAUAUAGCUUCACAGCUAAGCUCUGCUUACAUUCACAAACUUUCUGACCCUAAGGUGAGCCGCUUUAGGAUUUUAUGUCCAUUUCUGCCCAGAAGGUAAAAAUCCUUGGCACGUGUCAUAGGAUAAUUAGAUGGCCAAAUGAAAUAAUAGAGCUAAAUUCAGGUUAUGUGGCACUUAUCUUAGAACGUGCUUCAGGAAAGCUAGGAUGAAAAUACUAUGAUUAGGUGAGGGUUGUAACAGCGUAGGUAAGUGGAGCCAUAUAACUCUUGGUGUAAAACAAGUUUCUCUAGGGUAGAAUCUUAAGGAGUUUGAAGAAAGGUUAAAAUGUUGGGCUGUAGGUGGAAUGGUAUUCAACAGAGACUAUUUUGACUUUGAGAUUAGACCUUUCGGGCAUUCUGCCUUCAGACCAGUCCUGGACACGUGUCACUUAGUAACCAAGUUUGUUUGUUUUUCUUCUGCUGAUAAGCAUUCAUUAGUUACGUUUUGUCUUUUUCAGUAAAUUUAAUUCUUACAAACCAUUAGUUUAAUUCUCAAAUAUGCUUUUUAUUUCUCUCUAGCCCCUAAUUGGUACAAAAGCACUUAACUAUUUACUUUUUUUCCUCUUUUUUUUUUUUAAGUAAACACUUGUUUUCCUAAUUUUUUUUUUCAUUUUGAAAAAUGCAGAACAGUGCGCCAUUUAAACUUGGGUCUGAUGUGUUUUGUGGCCCUGGAUCCACGUGCUGUGGGAACUGUCAUUAAGAUCAGUGAUUGCUGGCUUGGCCCGCUUCACCAUCUUUUCUGCUGCAGUUCCACAUGAAUAUGGUGAAACUUGGGGAAAACAAUUUAAGAAGUUCUCUGCCAUUUUUUGUUUUUGUUUUUGUUUUUAGUCUGAUGCUUCUGUCAAAUGAAUGGUUUGUAGGCCCCUUUUUUUGUUAUUAGGAGCCACACUCCCAAUUCCUAGCAGAACAAAUAAAGCUGUAUAAAAAUGCCCAUUCUUCUUUAAUCCUUGAUUCAAUAAUGUUUGUUUUUUGUCUAUGCCAGUAAUACACACUCAUUUUGGAAAUUUUAGACAAUACGGAAGGCUUAUAAAGAAAAAUAAUAAUUGCUUGUAUUACAUCACCCAAGAAAAAAAAGCCCUUUGAUAUUUUUGCAUAUUCUUGCCAGUCUCUUUGCUUCUUGUACAUGUUUUUACAUAGGUUUAUUCAUUCUCGGUAUAAUUUGUAUCUUGGUUUUUUCCUCAGUCUACAUGUCAUUAAAAACUGUCAACUCUUAUUAAUUGCUUGAUAUUCCAUUGUAUGGAUGUGCCAUGAUUUGUGUAACCUUUCCCCAUGGGGCAUUUUAGAUUGCAUCUCAUAAAGUUACAGCAAAUGUGUUUGUGCAUAAAUUAUUUCCUUAGGGCGAAUUACUAGAGGUGGAAUUUCUGGGUCGAGGAUAUGAACGCUUUUGUAGUUCUUGACUCAUGCCACUUUUCCAAAUGAUUUUA